AUGGAAUCGUCGGGAAUUCUCAACAUUAACAGGAUUGUGGAAACAGAUUCGCCAACUGUGACGCCAGUUAAACCUCGACUGGGCAGAUUUUUUGAUGUUUAUUCGCCGGAACAUUUAAAUUUAACGCCGAAGCCACAAGCUUGUCACGGUUUAACUGAAGUAACGAAAGAGAGUCAUAAUUUCCUAACGCCUCAUAAAGCAUCCGAAUAUGAUAACAAAUGCAGAACGGGUAAGCCCAAGCUCAAAUUACAGGAUGCUUGGAACAACUCAUUUGAAGGAAAUCAAAGCUUUCCCCGCAUAAGACGUAAAAUUCACCCAUUAAAGAUGGAUUUAGAGACUCCCACAAAAGUUAAACAAACAACUGACUUAGUAAGAGUUGAUGGCCCAAAUGGUCUCCGUUUUAAUACAACACUCACAGUUGGAGAUGUUGCUGGUUCUCCAGCACAGUCUCAAACUGAACGCUUACAGCAGACUAUAAAUCCAAGCAAGGCUGUGUUUACUGUUGAACCAAGUACAUUCAAGAUUCUUAUAGUAAACAACAAAGCAUGCUCUCUUCUUGGCUAUUCAUCAGGUGAAUUGUGCGGUUUACGCUUUUCCGACCUGCUGCGUAACAGGAGUUGUAAGACUUUUAGUCUCCAUGAACCAGAGGAUGGUGAUGCAUCUGAAGAUGGAACUAUUAUUUUACUCAGUGGAAAGGUGGUUGAACUUCUUUCUAAAGAUGGAACAUCUGUACAAGUUUCUUUGUGGAUAAGACAGUUGGAUAAUGAUGGUCCAUGUUUAGUUGUUGCCGAGCCAGUCAGCUGUAAGAAUGUUGUGUUGACCGUGGACGCUGAAACAGGGGUAAUCGUUUCGUGCGACGGUGGAGACGCGGCGCUACUGUUCCAGGCGGACUCUGCCGACAAGCUGCUAGGGCUGCCCGUAGCCUCGCUAAUACCCUCCAUCCAACUGCCCGCCAACGACGCGCCCAUCCCAAAGAACAUCUCCAAGCAGAAGGCGACAGGUCGAACUUUAGAUGGAGGCUCUUUCCCAUUAUGCUUGUGGAUAUCCAGAACGAGCAAUGUUGAAUGCUCACCAUGGACAGGCAUCAAAUGUAACAGAGAAAGACCAUUGUACCUUGUUAAUGUUAGGGUGACCUUCAACGUGAGUGGGCUGUUGGUGGUUGACGAAGCAGGCGUUAUAACGGCUUGCAACCAGCACUUCGCAAUGCUCACCUUUGGCAAGUCCCAAUCAGAAGUGAUCGGCCACCACAUCAGCGAAGUGGUGCAGAACUUCUGCCGCGAAUCGGACAAGGUCAAGGUGUCGGAGAGGAACAGAAAUAUGACACUGUCGCCUGUCAAUAACGAUAACAACGGAUCCGCUUCCGAUACCGACGAGGAUUCCUGCGGAGCGUUCAAUGGCAGCCAGAAAUCGGCCUGCAUGUCUCUCAAUGUUCAACAAUCGAUACAAUCCAUCUCCACAACGAGGGAGAAAUCUUCAAGCGCAUUGUGCCUCGACAAGUCGUGCAGCAUGGUCACCCACACGCCAACGCCCACACAGGACAUGGUCUCCAGUAUUAGCACGACCGAACAAAGGAACGACAUAUCUGCCCUACCCGACGUCACAUCAGGGAUGUCGGGGAUCUCCAUAGACGACGAAAACUACUGCCCCAGCAGCAUCUCCAAAUCCCGUUCGGAGAACAUACUUCGCUCGGAGCAAAGCAGCCACCCCAGCAAACUGCCCUCGAAAGUGUCAGAGCAAUCGGAAUCCAUCUACUACACGUCACAGCAUUCCCAAGAGGUGACGCCAACGGGCCACACGCCAAGGGUGCGCCUGAACGACCCGUCGUUGCGCCUCUCAUUCGACGCCAGCAAGUACAAAUCGCUGAAGGCAAACCAACCAAAGGACGAUAAGAGCAGCAUAUCGCUGGACCUCUGCGACUCGAACGAGACCAGCGCAGAUUUCCUCACGCCCAUCAACGAGAUGCCCCCGCCCGGAUGCGAAAUCGAGGAGCUGCCGAAACACAACGGCAACGGCAACGAAAGCGUCGACAGCCUGAGCAACGACAUCGACCUAGAGACGCAGACCGAAUCCGCUCCGAGGAAAAAAUUCCAUGGUAUUUCCCCAGAAGAUCCCCCGGAGACGCCGUGCGUGGCGAAGAGGGCGCUGAGGGGCCAGGUGACCACUUCGACGCCGCAGCCGGCGCGAGCCAAGGCGGCGCCCAACGACUACGCCGACGGGGCCUACCGCGGCGUCGUGCUCCACAAGGACGGCACCGAGCUCAACGUGGUCUACACGGUGGCGAGCAUGCAGCUGGCGGGCGGGGCGCGCGUGCGCUGCGUGUGGCUCGGCGUGCAGCUGGAGGACGCGCCGCGGCACACCACGCUCGCCUCCAGCGUCGCCUCCACCGCGGACAACUCGCUCGUGCUGGGCAACAAGUCGGUAAGCAGUAGACCGCAGUCUAUGUCCUUAAUGAGCCAAUGUGGCGAGGAACAGAUAGCCGGUGAAUACAGCAAACAGUAUGUGACACUAAAACAAAUAGGUAAAGGAGCAUACGGCUGCGUGAAGAUGGCGUAUCGUAGAUCAGAUCGUCUCCUCACUGUCGCGAAAUUUAUCUUGAAAGAAAAAGUUGGCGCUCAGUUUUGGGUCGACGGGCCUGACGGCCGAAAAGUCCCAUUGGAGCUCAGUCUAUUGUUGACCUUAAAGCAUCCUAAUAUCGUGAGCGUAGUGGACGUGUUUGAGAACGAGAAAUAUUUCCAAAUGGUGAUGGAGAAGCACGGUGCGGGCAUGGACCUGUUCGAGUUCAUCGAACGGCGGCCCCGACUCGAUGAGCCGCUGAUCAGUUAUAUCUUCAGACAGAUAGGGCAAGCGGUGGAGUAUCUGCACUCGCUGAAAAUUCUGCACCGCGACAUCAAGGAUGAGAACGUGAUCAUCGACAACAAGUUCCACGUCAAGCUGAUCGAUUUCGGCUCGGCGACCUUCAUGAGCCCCGACACGCUCUUCUCCACGUUCUACGGCACAACCGAAUAUUGCAGUCCCGAAGUGCUGGCUGGCAAUAAAUACGCUGGCCCCGAACUGGAAAUGUGGUCAAUGGGGAUAACACUGUAUGUUCUAACAUUCUUUGUUAACCCAUUCUCAGACAUUGAAGACACUUUGCAAGGGCCUCUGGCAUUACCGCAGAUCGUUUCUGAAGAUUUAGAACAACUCCUUCGAUGGAUGUUGUGCAAGGAGCCAGCACACAGAUGCACCAUUCCCCAAUUGAUGUCACACCCAUGGAUUAAACAACCGGUGGCUAUAGCAAACUAUGUGUUUCACGAAAUUGUUGACUGUGAUCGUCACGAGGCAAAUCCAGAAAUGUAUUUUAGUGGGAGUCUUGGUUCACCAAAAAGUGGGUCACCUAUUUCUCUAGCAGAUCCCCAUGUAAAAGAGCGUUCGAAUCCGUCCGAGGUAGCGAUCAGGUCGGAGGCGAAGAACGCGUCGCGCGAGGAGCGCAAGCGCGGCUCUGUGGCGCUGCACGCGCUCUCCACCGCCGACCGGGACGCGCACUCGGACAACUACAGCCUCCGCUCGUCGGCCGACAUACUGGACAUCUCUUCGAAGCCAGUGUCAGACGCGGCUCUGACGGACAUAAGUUCGGACGCGACCGGGCACGCGGCCUGCGACAUCGACUGCGACUGCGACCACUACGACUGCGACAGCUGGGACGAGUGCGAGCAGGACAGCUUCUCG